AUGGAUCGGGGCUGUCGUCUGCUGCCGCCGGCGCCAGCGCCGACGCCGAUGGGCUCCGCCGAUCGCAGUAAGAUCGAUGGGAUCGUGGUGCCGGAGAAAGGCGCCAGGAGCUGCGUCGAAUGCCGCGCCACCACCACGCCCAUGUGGCGCAGCGGCCCGACUGGGCCCAGGUCACUUUGCAACGCUUGCGGGAUUCGGUACCGAAAGAAGAGGAGGCAAGAGCUUGGCCUAGACCACAAGCAGCAGCAACAACAGAAUAAUGGUGAGGCAAAGACUGAAGUAAAAGACAGCUCUAGCAACAGCAGUAGCAGCAACUUGCAGGUGGUGCAGAAACGGAGGCUCCUAAUGGGAGUGGAGGAGGCUGCUUUUCUGCUGAUGACCCUAUCUUCUUCGCCCACGUCCACAUUGCUACAUGGCUAA